AUGACUUUUACCCACCCACUCCCGCCAGAUCUCUUGGAAUCACAAAUCUCAACUCUCGAUCUCCUUCUCGCCAUGUUCCCAGAUGAAUCCGAAUACGACGUCUCACCAUCAGAUUUGGCUCUCAUCACGAAUAUUCGAGAUCACGGCAGUGACGACCUAACAACCACACUUCCGUCAGAGAUCCAUCUAGCUCUACACGUAGCAUUGGAUGUCACACACUCUAUCCAAGUCAAUGUAACUGCACCACUGCAGAGUACAGAGACAGAUCCCACAGAAGCACCACCGAUAUCAUUCUCGUUGCGUCAACCCACAUGGCUCGACAAAGCCAGUCUAGCAACUCUAUCUUCCUCUCUUCCCAACGACAUUUUCAGCGCCCUGGAUGCCUUACGAGAUCAAGGCCCCUCACUCAUCCCCACCUCAACCACAUCUAUCGCGUCAAAACCAGCAUCCACAGGCCCUCUGGUACGCGUAUGGUUCUACUUCCCUUCCCUCAGCACCCGCGAAAAGCGCCAACACAUGGUCGACUGGGCACCCUCCUACUCCCUGACUGGCUUCGUGUUGGCUGGCAAACCCGGAUUGCUGUGUCUGGAAGGGUCUGCGUCAGACAUUGAUGCUUACAUGAAUGAAAUCAAGACGGUUUCUUGGGGUGAUAUUCCUUCGCAUCAGAAGAAGGUGAGCGAAAGGUAUAGGGAGACUGGGACGGAGGUGACGAGGGCAUUCGAGGGAAUGAUAGAAAUCACAGAUUUGGUGGGGGAGAGGCAUGGGCAGAGGCAGAAUAGAGGGGAUAUGGCUGCUAUUGAGGCGUGGUUGAAGGAAAGGGGGUUGGGUGAGAUGUUUGAAAGCGUGAUUUUGCAGAGUUAG